CCUGUACGGGACAAUAAGGGGUGGGACAAAGCUGUGUAUACUAGCCUACUUUAAAAUCUGUAAUCUAGCCUUUAGAUCAGAACUAAUAGACAACAACAACAAAAGCAUCCUACUUACUGGGAGUUGACUUGCAGAGAGCUUUCGCUUGUGAGAUUCUCACAGCGGAAAGAGUCUGGUCUGGUUCCAAACCGACGACGAUGUUGUCGGUUUAUCAGCGCAGAUUUGGACCGAGAUGAGAUAGCCUACAGACCACUUUUUCUCGUCUUGCCAGGACACCGCCCUUUUUUUAUAUUUCACUUCUAUCACAUGUAGACUAAAGUAUCACUUUUUGUCAAAACAAGUGGUCAGUUUUCAUUUUUGUAGCAAAGAGGAAGAACUGCGAACCAGAAACGGCGGGUUGUUUGCCACCGAAGCAGGAAAGGAUGUGAACAUCUGCAAGUGAGCCGUUUAAACGAAACUUCAAACGAUUUACUCCACUCUUGAAAUGGAGCAAGUUGUUAAUUUUAAAUAAUCUACUUUGGACUUGAACUACUUUGGGGGGACACUUUGCUAACUUUGAUAUGGGAGAUGCGUCUGUCAAGUUAAAAGAUAUGGAAAGCUCUUCUCUACUGACAGUGGUGCUAGUUGGGGCAUUUCUGUGGACCUCUGCUAUUCAUGCAGAUUCCAAAGACAAUGCAAGGCUGCUAUGUACAUGCGAAAAUGAGAAAGGCACAUGCAUGAAUGGAACUUGCAGAGGAUACAUCUGCUUCUACUCCUGGGUUGACGGCACUGAGGAGAGGGGCUGUUUCUACAAAGUGAACUCCAUGGAGCAGUGCUCCAGCAAAGUGGAGACCUUGUUUAUGCAGUGCUGCCGAGAGAAUCUGUGCAACGCCUUCACCACUCCCCCACCAAACAUUAAACCGACAACCACUCCCCCAGAGCUCAGUCGUCCAGAGCUGUGGAUCACGUUGUCUUUGCUGCUUUUAAUCACAACUGUCAGCAUGUGUGGUCUGGUGCUGUUCCUGCGCUUCCGACGUACACAUGGCAGAUUGAGAAAUGAUGUCCAUGGUGACCCGGAUGCCACCAUGCUCAAGGUUCCUGAUGGAGAUGACCCCACAUAUGGCGACAUCUUUGAUGAAUUUUGUACAUCAGGGAGUGGGACAGGGUUGCCCUAUCUGGUCCAAAGGACUAUGGCCAGACAAAUCUCACUUGUCCAGUGUGUCGGUAAAGGCAGGUAUGGAGAGGUGUGGAGGGGAACUUGGAUGGGGGAGAGUGUGGCUGUCAAGAUCUUUUCCUCUAGGGAUGAGCAAUCCUGGUUCAGAGAGACAGAGAUCUACAAUACUGUACAGCUGAGACAUGACAACAUACUAGGUAUGGCAGCAGAUUCAAGUUCAAAGUAUGUUUACUGUGAAAAUAAAGAUGCGGUGUCAAAAAGAAAGACAUUGAAAUUGUUAAAUUCUAUUCUGGCUUUAGGUUUUAUAGCCUCCGACAUGACAUCCAAGAAUUCUAGCACCCAGCUGUGGCUCGUCACCCACUUUCAUGAGCUGGGUUCGCUCUACGACUUCCUGCAGUGCAACAGCUUGGAGCCUGAGAGCUGCCUCAGGAUGUGCCUGUCUGUGGCUUGUGGCCUGGUCCAUCUUCACACUGAGAUUGUCAGCUCACAGGAAAAGCCAGCUAUCGCCCACCGAGACCUGAAAAGCCGAAACAUUCUGGUAAAGCGGAACGGACAGUGCUGCAUCGCUGACCUAGGUUUGGCUGUGAUACACUCUCAGUCUCAUGACUACAUUGAUGUGGGCAACAACCCUCGCGUGGGGACCAAGCGCUACAUGGCCCCGGAAGUGCUGGAUGAGACUAUUCGUAUGGACGUCUUUGAGUCCUACAAGCAGACUGACAUCUGGGCCUUGGGCCUGGUCUUCUGGGAAAUUUGCCGCAGGACCAUUGUCAAUGGAAUUGUGGAAGAGUACUGCCCACCCUUCUUUGACAUGGUGCCCUUAGAUCCCAGCUUUGAGGAGAUGAAGAAGGUGGUGUGUGUGGACCAGCAAAAGCCCAGUCUGCACAACAGGCUCCAUUCCCACCCUAUCCUGUCGGCCAUUGCGAAGAUCAUGAAGGAGUGUUGGUACCAGAGCCCACCAGCCCGCCUCACAGCUCUGCGAGUGAGGAAGACACUCUCCAAACUGGACCAUGACAGUGACUUCAGCAUUGAGAAACUCAAGCAGGACAUCUAGACCCGAGCAACAGGAUGAAAUGGGGACAAACAAUUGAAAACGCCAGAAGGGAUUAUGCAUCACAUUCCAACAGCCCAAGGUGCAAAUCAUUAGUAUAUUUUGUGCUCAUGGCUCACACAGUCACUGCAUUCUAUUAAAACCAUAUGACUUGGAGCAGUGGUGUCUAGACUGGUGUCUAGAAGGCCGUUAUUUUUUGCGUAGCCUAAUUUUAAUCUGCCGUAUUUCUGGUGCCCAACCGAAAGAUCCCAAAAAGAAAACUAGUUCAAGUUAUAUUUCUUUAUGUUCAGCUAAUGCAAAGCAGAAUAAAUAAAACCAAAGAAUGUAUAGCCUGUUCUAAAAACACAGGGUUUUAUUCAUAAUUGUCUGAAUUGUCAUGACAGAAAGGAAAUUCUGGCAUAGCACAAUUACUCAUCAUCUUAUCGAGAAGAGGAGGAGGGUGGAAUUCUGAACUUUCUCUCAUUUACAGGGAGAUUUCACAAAUGGAUUUUUCCAAAAAAUUACCAAAGAAAGCUUGGAGGCUUUGGUGUUUUUUUUUUUACCAUGAAUACAGGAAAUAUGUAAGUUAUAACAUGUUCAUACCCAAGCACAUUACCUGUUGUGUAAGCAUAUUUAACUUAUAUAAAAUGAGCCUUCAUUAUCUGCACACAGACACAAUGAGGUAUUUAGUUGUACAUAUUCUAACAGCAUUGAAACUGUGAAACAAAUAUCACCAUUGGAAUUAUUGUACAUAUAUUUUUUAUAGGGGUAUUAUUUUCCAUUAUUCAACAAUGAGACACAUUUUAUAUUAAGAAAAUUAUGACACAACAUUUUUUAAGGAUUUUCUUACAUUUCUGUACUAUCACCAUUACUAUGGUCUGUAUAGGAAUUCACAAACAGACAUGUUAUAUUGUAUAUGUUGAAUAAAGGAUUGUAUUUUUGAACAG